AUGGGCUUAUCUUCAUUGCAAAAAUGCACAGCUGCCAUACGAAUGUUAGCGUAUGGCAUGUCAGCUGAUGCAGUUGAUGAGUACUUGCGUUUAGGUCGCACUAAUGCUAGGACAACCCUUUUAAAAUUCACUGAAGGGGUGAUUGCUUGCUUUGGGGAGAAAUAUUUAAGAAGGCCAACAAAUACAAAUUUAGAGAGGCUUCUUGGUCAAGGAGAACGACGUGGCUUCGCAGGGAUGAUUGGAAGCAUUGAUUGUUCGUGUAAUGAUCUCAAUGUCCUUUACCGUUCUCCUAUUUUUGAUGAUGUCCUCCAUUGGCGUGCCCCUGGAGUUAAUUUUAUGGUAAAUGGACAACAUUACAGCAUGGGGUAUUACCUAACCGAUGGUAUUUAUCCUCAAUGGGCUGCUUUUAUCCAAGGGUUUUCCCUUCCACAAACUGAUAAACAAAGAGUAUUUGCUGAUCGCCAAGCAGCCGUGCACAAGGAUGUUGAGUUUGCUUUUGGAGUUUUACAAGCGAGAUUUGCUAUUAUACGUAAAUUGUCACUUGCUAGGGAUGAAGACAUAUUGAACAAUAUCAUGUUUGCUUGCAUCAUCAUGCAUAACAUGAUUGUUGAGGAUGAGGGGGAAUCAUAUAUUCAAUAUGCUGACACCAGAGAAUUCAUUAAAGACCGACCUCGAAAUAGGGGCAGUGCAAGUGCGACAACUAGUGUCGAGGCCCCAUUUGAAUAUGCCAACGAACGUCCUUUUAACAUGGAUCAAUACUUGGCUAGAAGGGCUGCAAUACGCGAUAAGCCAACCCAUAUCUCUCUUAAAUCAGAUUUAAUUGAGCAUAUUUGGCAACGAUAUGGUCGUAAUAAUGAACAACAGUCUAAAUAUCUGGAUUAUUUAAGAUAA